UUCUCUAAUGGACUCAAUUUAAAAUUACCCCACCCUCUUUUCUCCAUUCCCUCCUAGAUUAUAUUCUUAAUUUUCCCCUUUUUUACAAAUUUCUGUUUCAGUUUCCUUUUUUUCGAUAUUUGAUAUUUUGGUUUUUGGUAUUGAAUAGUAUUUAGUUGUUUGAUGGCGAAAGGCCGGCGGUUGACCACCAGCAGAAGCGAGCGGUUGCUCGGAAGCUUUAGCUAUGGGCACGGCCAAGGGGACACUGCCGUUGACGACGCAGAACUUGGUGAAGAAGAUGUUUGGUCGAUAGUUGAUAACGUCGAAGACCGAGACGCCGCCGCCACUGUCGACAAUUCACGAUGCCAGUGGAGCCCACACGCUGAAGCUGAGAGUAACGGGAACGGAAAUGGAAAUUUGGACGUGAGGGGAAGUCAUGGCCGUCGAAUUCCGCGAGGCGAUCGGCACGUGGGUGGGCUGUCCUUGGCUUUCGAGGAUUCUUCGACGAAACAUAGGAUCGUGCACCAGUUUCGUAGCCAAGAUGGCGUGGCGGCCGCAGAUUCGCCACGUGGGCAUCAUAUGGCCACGUCAGCUCCAGUGAACGUGCCUGACUGGAGUAAGAUUUACAGAGUUAACUCGGUGGAGUGGGUACAAGACUCGGAUGAUGGGCUGGAUGUCGGUGAUUCGGAGAUGGUGCCGCCACACGAAUACUUGGCGCGUGAGUACGCUCGGAGUAAGAAAUCUAGCGGCGCUUCGGUGUUCGAAGGCGUGGGUCGGACCCUCAAGGGCCGGGACCUGAGCCGGGUCAGGGAUGCAGUAUGGAGCCAAACUGGGUUCGAUGGUUAGCCAAUUUGUCAGUCAGUUUGGGGGAAGCCUAAAGCAGCUUAAUUAUGAUUGAUUAAAAAACGACUUCAUCGUAUCAUUUUUGUUAUUUGGGCAAUGUUUCGGCUGAGUCGACACAGAUGAGUCAACUUGGUGGCGAGGGAGCUCAACCAGGAUUUUGUAUUGAGGAGUACUAAAAAUAUAUCUGUUAUUGAAUUGGAAUUUGGAAGAUAAACGCGUGUUGCAAUGUUCAGUGUU